AUAUUAAUGUCAUCAUAGGUCGCAUACGACGUCUUUAAAAUAAAUCGUAAUUACAAAAGUACAUUUUCAAAUGACAUUUAAAUUUGAGUUGCUUGUAAAAGUAUUCCAACCUUAGGAAAGGUGCAACCAAUUAGUAAUGCUGAACAAGAAAUAAUUCCUGCUACACUUUGACGGCUUUCUACAAUUUAACAACUGCAAUAUGGGCGAUGUUGAUCCUGAGACUUUGCUGGAAUGGCUAUCCAUGGGGCAAGGAGAUGAGAGAGAUAUGCAAUUGAUAGCGCUAGAGCAACUAUGUAUGCUUCUCUUGAUGUCUGAUAACGUAGAUCGCUGCUUUGAAAGUUGCCCUCCACGUACUUUUUUGCCUGCCCUAUGUAAGAUUUUUCUCGAUGAACUUGCGCCCGAAAAUGUGCUUGAAGUCACUGCACGCGCUAUAACAUAUUAUUUGGACGUAUCUGCAGAAUGCACCCGAAGGAUUGUUUCGAUUGAGGGGGCUAUAAAAGCAAUCUGCAAUCGCUUGGUUGUUGCAGAUCUAUCUUCAAGAACAUCGCGGGACUUAGCGGAGCAGUGCAUAAAAGUCCUCGAGCUAAUUUGCACUCGGGAAGCGGGCGCAGUCUUUGAAGGCGGUGGCUUAAAUUGCGUCUUAUCAUUUAUUCGCGAUUGUGGAUCCCAAGUUCAUAAGGACACUUUGCAUUCUUCCAUGGCCGUUGUUUCCCGCUUGUGUACAAAAGUUGAGCCGAAUUCGCCAUGUAUUCAAAAUUGUGUCGAAAGCUUAAGUACACUGCUCCAACAUGAAGACCCAAUGGUCUCGGAUGGCGCCCUAAAAUGUUUUGCUUCAGUUGCCGAUCGCUUUACUAGAAAAUGGAUAGACCCAGCACCACUGGCUGAAUAUGGACUGGUAGCCGAAUUGCUAAAGCGCCUAGAAAACGCAGGGGGCACAGGAAAUGUACAUUCUAUAUCGACGCCAAAAUCAACAGAUACACAGACUUUAACAAGAAGUAGUUUUUCAUCAAACUCUGAUAGACUAAAUGAAAAUAUUUCUGGAACAUCAGCAAUAGCAACUACAAAAACUUCAACCAGUGACUCAGCCAGAUCUCCGCAGUCCAUUUCGACCACAAUAUCAUUACUGUCAACACUGUGUCGUGGAUCUUCAUCCAUAACACACAACAUAUUGAGAUCACAAUUGCCAGAUGCCAUCGAACGGGCUCUUAAAGGCGAUGAACGUUGUGUUUUGGACUGCAUGAGGUUUUCCGAUUUGUUACUUUUACUUCUGUUUGAAGGAAGACAAGCACUUAAUAGAGGAGGCGUAACUACCAAUCAAGGGCAGUUAGCGCAGCGGCCAAGACGCAAUGACUCCAGUACCGAGCGAACUCAUCGCCAGCUAAUAGACUGCAUUAGAUCAAAAGAUACUGAUGCAUUGCAAGAAUCAAUUGAGACGGGGGGCAUUGAUGUCAAUUGUAUGGACGAUGUGGGUCAAACUCUUUUAAAUUGGGCAUCAGCUUUUGGUACUUUAGAAAUGGUUGAAUAUCUAUGUGAAAAGGGAGCAGAUGUAAAUAAAGGACAGCGCAGUUCAUCUCUUCACUAUGCUGCAUGCUUUGGACGACCAGGAAUUGCUAAAAUCCUAUUAAAAUAUGGUGCCUAUCCGGACUUACGGGAUGAAGAUGGUAAAACGCCUUUGGAUAAAGCUCGUGAGAGAUCAGAUGACGGGCACCGCGAAGUUGCAACAAUACUGCAAUCGCCGGGGGAGUGGAUGUCUGGAAAUGCCCUUUUAAGCAAAGAUGGUCGAAACCAGUCAUUAAUUGAACCACGCGGCGAUCCUGAAAUGGCUCCAAUUUAUUUAAAAUUACUUUUGCCAAUUUUUUGCCGAACAUUUCAGGGAACCAUGCUAAGCAGUGUAAGGCGAGCUAGUUUAGCUUUGAUUAAAAAAAUUGUGCAAUAUGCGCAUCCAUCUGUACUGAAAAGUUUUUGCGAAACACACUUUAAUGCCGCAUCAACCUCAACAUCAGCGCAAAACGUUGGGAAUUUACUUAUUGAAGUCGUUGCUAGCGUUUUGGACAAUGAGGACGACGAUGACGGACAUUUAAUAGUUCUCAAUAUAAUUGAGGAACUAAUGUGUAAAACUCAUGAAGAAUUUUUCGAUCAUUUUGCAAGGCUAGGAGUGUUUUCGAAAGUUCAGUCGUUAAUGAAUCACGAUGAGGAUAACAAUUCUUUACAAAUAACAACGAAAUUUAACGAUCAAGCGUUUGGGGAAAGGUGUUCAGGAAUAUGUAUGCCUCCCAGAGCGACAUCGGAUGAUUUGGUGGAGGACGCCAAAGAAAUUUUGCAAGGAAAGCCCUACCAUUGGCGAGAAUGGAGCAUAUGUCGCGGUCGUGACUGCCUAUAUGUUUGGUCAGAUUCAGCAGCCUUAGAGCUCUCAAAUGGUUCUAAUGGGUGGUUCCGCUUUAUACUUGAUGGCAAAUUAGCUACAAUGUACUCAAGUGGAAGUCCGGAGAAUGGGAACGAUAGUUCAGAAAAUCGUGGUGAAUUCUUAGAAAAACUUGUGCGAGCUCGCUCCUGUGUAAGUCCUGGAACACAAUCACAGCCCAUUUUACCCACAGUUUGUGUGUUGCGUUUAGUGGUUGGCAAUUGGGUGCUACAGUCACAUAAACCUAACCAACUUCAAAUCCACAAUACCGAAGGUCAUCAAGUCACUAUAUUACAGGACGACUUGCCAGGUUUCAUUUUCGAAAGUAACCGAGGCACAAAACACACUUUCACAGCAGAAACGGCGUUGGGCCCUGACUUUGCUUCUGGAUGGUCAACUGGAAAGAAAAAACGCAUUAAAUCCAAGGCCGAAGCUCAGAAAAUGCAAGUAAAAAACCUGUCUCGAGAGAUUUAUAACAAGUACUUUAAGUCUGCUCAAGCAACACCGCGUGGGGCUGUUACCAAAUUGACUGCCAUAGUAAAGAAAAUUGAAGAGUCUAUUGAGGAGCAGAGAGCUUCCAAUAUUCCCAGUUGGUCAGAUAAAUUAACCACGGCUCUGGUGGAACUGUCCCAAUUACUUCAUGAAGAUGGUGUUGUCAGCGCCUAUGAAAUGCACUCUUCCGGACUUGUGCAAGCAUUGGUAGCCGUUCUGUCGAAAAACUUCUGGGAAAGUAAUAUGUCUCGUUGCAAAAGGAACAAAAUGCAGAAACAGCGGAUCGCCAUAUUUAAAAAAUGUAUACUAGAAAAAAAUGAUGCUUCUAAUCGCAAUUCAGCAUUGACAAAGAGCACCGGAAGUAUACUGGUCCAAAAACUGGUAGCUGUUUUAGAAAAUACCGAGAAAUUGCCUGUAUACUUAUAUGAGGUACCCGGCACCGGAUAUGGCCUACAAAUUUUGCAAAAGAGACUGCGUUUUCGUUUGGAACGAGCUGCUAGCGAAAGUACGCUCUUUGACCGAACUGGCCGUACUCUUAAAAUGGAGCCAUUAGCUACAAUUGGACAGCUUGAAAAAUAUUUACUUAAAAUGGUUGCAAAACAAUGGUAUGAUUUGGACCGCUCAACAUAUUUUUAUCUGAAAAAGCUUCGUGAAAAGAAGAACGGAUUGACCUUUACGCACACCUUUGAUUUCGACGAAGAGGGACUCCUAUACUAUAUCGGGUCCAACGGGAAAACUUGCGAAUGGGUUAACCCAGCACAGUAUGGCCUUGUUCAAGUGACGAGCUCAGAAGGUAAAACUUUGCCCUACGGAAAACUAGAAGAUAUAUUGUCCCGUGAUAGUAUUUCGCUCAAUUGCCACACUAAGGACAACAAGAAAGCCUGGUUUGCAAUUGAUCUUGGAGUAUAUAUCGUUCCAAAUGCGUAUACUCUACGCCAUGCCCGUGGCUAUGGACGAUCAGCAUUACGAAACUGGUUACUGCAAGCAUCAAAAGAUGGUGUAAAUUGGACCACACUUAUUUCACAUGUGGAUGAUAAAAGUCUCGUUGAGCCAGGAAGCACAGCAUCUUGGCCAAUUGUUUGCGCUGCAGAUGAUGAACAAGGUUUUCGUUAUAUACGCAUUCAACAAAACGGUCGCAAUGCUUCAGGACAAACACAUUACUUAAGCCUGAGUGGAUUCGAGAUUUACGGUCAUGUUGUAAGUGUUUGUGAUGAUAUUGGGAAAAGUGUUAAGGAGGCAGAAGCGAAAAUACGGCGUGAACGACGGCAAAUCCGAUCCCAACUCAAACACAUAACCACUGGAGCCCGUGUAGUGCGGGGAGUUGACUGGCGUUGGGAAGAUCAAGAUGGAUGCUGUGAGGGAACCAUUACUGGGGAGAUCCACAAUGGUUGGAUUGAUGUGAAAUGGGACCACGGUGUACGAAAUUCAUAUCGCAUGGGCGCAGAGGGCAAAUACGAUUUGAAAUUAGCUUAUUGCGAGAGUGUGUCGAUUUUCGAAGGCGGCAAUUCGAUUGUACCUACUAUGGCGAAUGUAGGCGCUCAAAAAUUUGAUAAGGGAAAUUCUCUAACGUCGCGCAAAUCCAGCUCGACUCCAUCAUUACCUGAAGCUACUGAAAUAAAUAGAAAUACGGAAGAUGAUUCAAAUCAAACUGUGUCGGCAGAUAAUCUAGCUUGGAAACAAACGGCGCAGACAAAUGCAGAAAAUGUAUUCACUUCGACUAACCAGGAAGCUGCACUCAGCCAUCCCAUAUCGGAAGCGACUUCAACAAAUAAAUCACAACAAAACGACAAGGAAUCUGCUUCUAAGCAAGUUAAUCUUUCCUCACAUUUAAUUCGUGAACUGGAACAUAUAUCAGAUCUUUCCACAAUCAAUAACUCAACGUCGACCAUUAACACCACCGCUGUAACUGACUUGGAAACUAUUUCUGAAAAUUUGUCACUUUCUGAAAUGUGCAAAGGUAAUAUUUGUAAUGUCAAUUCUACGACCUUCAAAUCAGAGCCUGCGAAUGUAAGUUCAUGUUAUGUUGGAUCUGAUACUCAAUCGCUGGCCAGUGGGAAUAACGUGAAACAAAUAACAAAUAUUGAAGCAAAUAAUAAAAUGAAUUCUACCAAUUCGGUUAGCAACAUAUCUAAAGGCCUACUUGCAAAUGUAUGCGCCAAUAGUUCAUCUGAUGCCACGCGGGUUUCACAGUUUUCUUCUGAAGCUCUCGAAAUGAUUGAUAAAAUGCGCGACGGGGUCGACAUGAUAAGGAACAAUACCAACAAUAUCCUUUCCUGCGAUAAAAUUUCUAUUCCGUGCACAAAUUUGUUGUCUAAGGAAGUUCCGAAAGAGGAUGAGGUAUUGCGUCCUGGCAAUACAAUACCGACUCAAAUUUUAGGCUUUGCUGGAGAUACCGGCAUUAAAAGGAUAAACGAGCCGUGCACAUCGAAAACCUCAGCAUCAAAUGAACAUAAUACGACAGUAAACUUUCCGGCCGAAACCGACAAGGAGAAAAAUCCCCAAAUUCAAUGUGAACCCGUCUCCGUCUCUAAUCAAAUGAGUAUCAGUGUACCUAAUCUAACAACAUCGGCAUCGGAAGCACCAACUAGCUCGGAAAUGGUGGCUCACUCUGGACUUUUAGAGACAUUUGCGGCAAUCGCCAGGCGUAGAACCUCUCAAAGCACAAGUAAUCAAACUAACCAGAUAAUAACUUCAAAUAUGAAAAAAAAUGAACGCCGGAACCAAAAUGCGGCAACGGCAUCUUUGUUUCCUAGGGGGCCCAACUCAGUUACAAGUUUGGUUAAAUUGGCUUUAUCAAGCAACUUUCCUUCUGGACUGUUAAGUACAGCCCAGAGCUAUCCGAGCUUAUCUUCCAACAAUGGAGCAAGCAAUACAAUUUCCAACCCCACAGAUACCAAUGCCAGCCAACAAACACAAUCGGUUAUAAAUCCUACAUUAACAAUGAGCCUCACUUCUACCUCAAGCGACAGUGAGCAAGUAUCUUUGGAAGACUUUUUGGAGAGUUGUAGAGCACCAACUUUGCUGGGGGAUAUGGAUGACGAUGAUGAAAUGGAUGAAGACAACGAUGAAGAGGAAAACGAAGACGAGUACGAAGAAGUCGGAAAUACAUUGCUGCAAGUGAUGGUAUCGCGUAACCUUCUCACGUUUAUGGAUGACGAAACGCUCGAAAAUAGAUUAGCUGGAGUGACGAAGCGCAAGUCAUGGGACGACGAGUUUGUAUUGAAAAGACAAUUCUCGGCAUUAAUACCAGCGUUCGAUCCAAGACCGGGACGUACCAAUGUUAAUCAGACUUCUGACCUAGAAAUAUCUCCUCCGGGAUCUAAAUCAGAACACAAGAGUCAGACCUGUCAUAUUCCUGUACUACAACCAACACUUGGCUUGAAAUUGCGUGGUCCUGGUAUUGGUGGAGUGCCAGAUGUUGAAAUAGAAUUAAAUAACGCUGACUGGUCAGUCUUUCGUGCAGUGCAAGAACUUCUUCAGAAUUGUCAAUUAAGUAAAAGCGAUAAGUUUCGAAAAGUCUGGGAACCAACUUAUACAAUUGUGUACAGAGAAAUUGUGCCAGAGCAACAGGUCAACACAAAUUUCCAAUCAGAGGACGGUCAAAAUACGCCCGAGAUAUCGUCAAAGAGUGGAGCAUCUACGCUCUCUCCAAACUCGCCAAUUCGUGCUAGUUUUCAUGCAACAGAUAACACAUUAUGCUCUGUAGAUGAUGUGCUCGAAUUACUUACCCAAAUAAAUACACUCAAUCAAAAUAAUAUUGAGUGUACGGCUCAAGGAGGUGCCUCCGAUAUUCUGCCGUUACCAGUCGAGCUCUUCAUGAGCAAGAAGAUAACAAAUAAAAUGCAACAACAAAUCCAAGAUCCGCUUGUACUUUCGAGUAACGCUCUACCGAAUUGGUGCGAAAAUUUGAACCAAUCAUGUCCAUUCUUGUUUCCAUUCGAGACGCGGCAGUUGUAUUUUAAUUGCACAGCAUUUGGCGCAUCUCGCAGCAUUGUAUGCCUGCAAUCCCAACGGGAUAUUACAAUGGAGCGUCAGAGAGUUCCUAGCAUAAGCCCCCGUCGCGAUGAUCAGCACGACUUUCGUGUGGGAAGAUUGAAGCAUGAGCGCGUCAAAGUGCCACGUAACAAAGAUUUACUUAAAUGGGCUAUAGAAGUAAUGAAAGCUCACUGCAAUAGGAAAUCUGUGCUGGAAGUUGAGUUUUUGGAUGAGGAAGGUACUGGAUUGGGGCCUACUCUUGAGUUUUAUGCACUGGUUGCUGCGGAACUCCAAAGAGCUGACUUAUGCAUGUGGCUGUGUGAGGAAGAGUUUUGCGACAACUCAAAUAAGCUAGAAUCUAAUGACGAUAUUGAAGAUAGUACGAAACCCAUUAAUUAUUACGUCAACAGUCGUCAACGCGGACUCUUCCCCGCUCCUUUACCACAAGAUUCGGAGGUUUGUGAAAAGGCAUCAAAAUACUUUUGGUUUUUCGGAGUUUUCAUCGCCAAAGUUCUUCAAGACAUGCGACUUGUAGAUAUGCCUCUGUCGAACUCAUUUCUUCAAUUACUUUGUCAUAACAAAGCACUGUCGCGCAACUUGCAGAAACUAAAAUCCAAUAUACGCUCUGAAGAUAUUAUGAUAUCAUCAGUUGUAUCAGAAGAUUCCGAGCUUGCAUAUACCUGCGCAAACCUUUUAAAUAUUGCCAAUAAGGGUUCAAACUGGUUUGAUGGAAUUUUGAACGUAGAGAAUCUAAAAGAAAUUGAUCCAACCCGUUACCAAUUUUUAAUUGAGUUGCAAGAUUUGGUGUCUCGUAAACAAGCAAUUGAAUUAGAUAGCAGCUUAAGCUCUGAAGAAGCUCAAGAAUUAAUUGCGGGCCUAAAAUUGUUGACCAAAAACGGAAUUGAAGUAUCUUUGGGAGAUUUGGCACUCACGUUUACGUACUUACCCAGCUCUUCUGUGUAUGGGUUUGAGUAUGCGGAGCUUUUGCCAAAUGGAGGAUCUAUCGACGUGAACAUUACCAAUAUAGAAGAUUACUGUGAAUUGCUUAUAAACUUUAUACUUCACGAUGGAAUUGCCAAGCAGCUGAAAGCCUUCCACGAUGGUUUCUGUGAAGUUUUUGAAAUCAAGAAGCUGGCAGCAUUUAGUACUUCAGAGGCACGCAUGAUGAUAUGCGGAGAACAACAUCCCCAAUGGACUCGUGAAGAUCUUAUGGCUUAUACAGAACCGAAGCUGGGUUAUUCAAAAGACAGCCCCGGGUUCUUACGUUUUGUGAACGUAUUGCUGAACAUGUCGGGAGAUGAACGGAAAGCUUUUCUUCAAUUCACGACCGGCUGCAGCAGCUUGCCACCGGGUGGCUUGGCCAACUUACAUCCAAGAUUAACUGUUGUGCGGAAGGUCGACGCUGGCGAGGGAAGUUAUCCAUCUGUGAAUACUUGUGUUCAUUACUUAAAACUUCCCGACUACCCGAAUGAGGAAAUUAUGAAGGAACGUUUGUUGACAGCAACUAAAGAAAAGGGGUUCCAUUUGAACUAG